GCCUCUCCAGAACAAAAAGGGGCAACUUCAGAGCUGCGCAGCCACAUCAGGCUCUUGCAGCUGUACUAACAGCUCAAGCAGGAAGAUCAGAUUACAUUUCUCCCAUUAUCUUCUCCCUCUCCCCUUCCUUUCUCAGUUCUCCUCUCCCCCCGCCCCACCCCAAGGUCUUCUUUCUGAAGCUGAAAGAAGCAAGCACAACACUCCUCCUGGAAUUCUCCUGUCCCCCUUGGAAAGUCUUGGGCACUGCAGAUUGUAUGGAAAGAUGAGUAAAAUGAGAAUGGUUGUGCUCCUAGCUGCCACCUUACAUCUUCUGUUCAGCUUUGUGACUUGCCAAGUGAUUGCAGUUUCAGAGGAUGGGGAAGAAUAUGAACUCGACGGAGGUUCUGUUUUACCCUCACUGAAACUUGGUCUGCCAAUCUGUGCCUAUAAAGCUGAUGCUGGCUCAUGCAGAGCAAUACAUAUCCGGUAUUUCUUCAACAUUCUAACCCGUCAGUGUGAAAUGUUUAACUUUGGUGGAUGCAAAGGCAAUGAAAACAACUUUCUAACUCAAGAAGAAUGCCAGGAAGCAUGUAUAGUACCAGAUGUGCCUGAAAAGAUAAAGAGGCAUUCUUCUAAGACAGAAAAGCCUUCUUACUGCCUUCUGAAAAGCGAAGUUGGAACUUGCCGAGGAUUGAUUCGCAGGUAUUUCUACAACAAAGAGACCGAGGAGUGUGAAAAGUUCUACUAUGGUGGUUGCCUAGGCAAUGAAAACAACUUUCGCUCGUUGAAAGAAUGCCAGGAUACCUGUCAGGAUAGCACCCCUUCAGCCAAUUCAUUACACACAGAUGAUGACAGCAUCCUUGUUAGCAUAAUAAACAAUAGCACCCCAGUUGCUAAGCAAGUCUAUUCAGCCAAUUCAUUGGAAACAGAGGAUGUCAACAUACUCUUUAGCAAAACAAACAAUAGCAGUCCCGUAGCUAAGCCAGAGUCGCCCCUGCUCCCUUCCCUCUGUGUGAUGCCUAUGGACAAAGGUCUUUGCAGAGCCAGUGAGAAAAGAUACUUCUACAAUUACACCACCAGAAAGUGCCGUCCAUUCAGCUACACUGGAUGUGGUGGGAACGAAAAUAACUUCACCAGUAGAAAGGCAUGCCUGCGGAUGUGUAAGAAAGGUUUCAUUAAAAAGCAAGGACAAAGAGGCAUAAUGAAAAUCCGCCGGAAAAGAAAGAAACAGCCCGCGAAGCUGAUCGAUCAGGAAAUUGUCAUUGAAAGGAUAUAACUUCCACUCUUUCACUGAAAAGAUCCGCACAUAUUUCAUUUUGAAGCAUAGACUCUCAUGUGCAUGACCUGCCUUAUUUAACAGCAUACACAUUAUUUGUACAGCUUUUAUACAGUUGCUUUUGUUUCUUUCUCCUUCUCUUAUACAUUUUGUAGAAGAGGUAUGAACUAAACAUUUUACUGUAAAAGUAAUAUUGUGGCCCUGGCCAGGGCCAGGGCCAGAGCCAGACCAUUUUGCGCCCUAGGCAAGGCGAGCUACUUGCACCACCCACCCAAAAUUGCCAACUUCAAUUCAGCUGUUCAAGAAGAGUUUCUGAACUAUUAUAUUUUCCUCUUAUUAUGUUUUUAUUAUGUUUAUAGGCCAGCCCUGAUCCUAUCCUGCCUUAGUUGCAUAGAAGUCAGGGGAAUAUAUUUUCAUGUCAAUGUCAUUAUGAUUGCAAAAGGUAAGACUAUGAUCCUGAAGUUUGUCUCCUCAGAAUUUCUUCUGGCUUGUCUGUCAAAAUGCUAUUGUGUGGACAAAGCGAGCAGUUAUUUUGUAUGAAGGGGAUCAAAGAACAUUUCUUAAUUUCUCAACCGUUUGUAUCGUAACUGGUUGUCUUUGAGGUCAUUUUUCUUGUUCACAAAAUGUUGUAACUAUUAUAUCAAAUUGUCUUUAGUACAGAAAACAAAUACAACCUAAAUAAGUAUUGUAAAGGAUGCAAUCAUUACAGAACACUGUUCGGAUUGACUGUGAAACUUUUUAAAAACCAUUUUAUUAAAGAGGGUUUUGUACCACAUACAAAGCAUUUGUUUCACUCUUAUAGAUAGAUAACAGAUAUGCAAUACAGACAAAGACCUUAAUUCAUUGGCAUUAUUUCAUGUCUUCUACUGGAACAGAGAUGGAGGAUCUCCACCUGAUGGGCCAGAUCUAGAUGAUGGAGGACUCCUCCACCAAGUCCCUGCCCAAGCCCACCCUUGAAGGCUGGCAGGGAGAAGAAUUCCUACCGUUAUCUUCCAUCACUUAUCAGAACUAACAGUGGGGAUUCCCCUUAGCCACAUCUUUGCUGUCCCAAUUGGGAUGGCAAGUAGUAUGUGAUGCCAGUAACUUGGGCCAAGUACUGGCAUCAUCUUUUUUUGUGUGUAGAGAGCGGUUCGGAGUUCUGUGCCUCUUUUUGCACGGAUAACCAAGCUUCAGGAAUGGGGCCCCAGCCCCUGACAUCUUCCAGGGAAAUCUGGCCCCUGGACUAAAAGACCCCAAAAUAUAAACAACAUAGCUAGCCCCUAACUGAAACCACUUAAUAAAAGAUGUAUAGGGGCUGCAGCCUAUAAGAGUUCAAAAACAAAAUCACUCCAAAUAUGAAACUUAAUCGGCUCUGAACAUGAGGCCUGAAAUCUGAUUCUCAGCCUUCUUUCCAGCACCUAACAUUGAACCAAACAGAUGGUUUUCACCUCCCAUUUCUGUAGUCUGCCUCUCUGACUUUGGUUUUGUAGGAAAUUUUAAGGCAAUUGUCAUGCCCCCGUCAGAAGAUGCCUGCAAGGUGGAAGAGUUAAAGGCCCCAUUGGAGGACGAUGCCCAGGCCCUGCCAGGCCUCAUGGCGUGACAGGGGCCUGAGCCUGCUGAGGCCCCAGCCCCUUGAGAAGAGCGGGGGUCUGCCUCAGAAGAGGAGACUGUGCACCCCCCAAGUCCCAGGGAGGCAGGCCCAACCCAGAACCUCAGCAAAGUGCAAGGCUGCAGUAGAGAUCUACUCAUGAGGAAAGGGGUUUCUCAUGAGUAGAGGCCCACCUCAUGACUCUUUGCAAUUAAAGUAAAUGACUGCAGCUGGGGGUCUGUCAGCUGGAGGUUAAAAAGACCAGUAGAAGUUUGCAGGAGCUGUUGGAAACAAUGUUCAUGUUUGACUCUAGUGCUUGCCUGCUAUCCUGCCCCGGCUGGUCUCUGUAAGUGACUUUUGCCUGGAUUUGACUACUUCUCUGUGUAAUUCCUUAUAUCUAUACUGCUUGGCUUACUAUUUGUUACUCCAGAUCUGACUUGAACUGUUUGUGGAUUCUGGUUCUGCUUACUUUUCUGUUGUACGUUCAGUCACUGAUUUGCCACCCUCAGCCCUGCCUGAGUACCUGGGGAAACAGGACAGCAGUGGUCAUAUCAGACAUAUCAAAGAGGUGUAGUUAAAAUGGCCACCUGAAUCAAAGUUUGCUUUUGACCUAUUACUGGCAGGAAGUUUGACCUGGGAGAAAGCUUUCUCAUUAAAGUUCAUGCCCUCAGCAGCUCAAAAUCACAGAGAAGAAGUUGGGAAAUUUCUAUAGAACAGUACCAGUAAAAAUAUAAUGUUAAAGUAUAAAACUAUACAAGUGAAGUGAAGUGGGGUUGCUUCCAGCAGGGAGUGACCUCUUUUAGCAGAAAUCUGUAUUGGUAAUGUGGUUUGUCUUGUUUUCAUUUCCUGUUGAAAGGUUUGUCAACAAAUACCAAAGUAUCAAUUACUUUCUAUAAUGGUCUUAAUUACACUUGCAUAUUGUUAAUAAAUGUUAAAUAUAG